UUUGUAUAAAGCAAGACCAUUGCUCACGAACAAUAGGGGGCACAGGACUAGAACAUAUGGUUACGAUGGCGAGGGCCAAGACCAUCCACGGACCUUAUGAAGCAAAUCCGGCGAACCCAGUCCUUACCAAUGCUAAUACGACAAAUUAUUGUAAGUUGAACUUUUAUCCGAACAGAUCAUACCCCGAUAUUGAUAUUCGCAGUUCAAACUGUGGGCCAUGCAGACAUGUUCCAAGACGCUACAGGCAAUUGGUGGGGCGUUGCACUUUCAACUCGAUCGGGCCCUGAAUGGUUAUACUUUCCAAUGGGAAGAGAAACCAUAAUGGUGCCUGUUGCAUGGGCCGAGGGUGAGUUUCCAGUGUGGUCCUCGGUGGACGGCGUGAUGAGUGGAUGGGCAUUCCCUCCUGAGACUUUAGACCUUGACGGAUCCGGCCCGUUCAUCACGGAAGGGGAUGUGAUUGACUUUGAAUCCGGGUCGGAGCUCCCAGCUCACUUCACUCACUGGAGAUUUCCGAUUCGAGAGUCCUACAUAAUCUCGCCACCAGACCACCCGAAUACCCUCAGGUUAACCCCGUCCAAGCUGAACCUGACAGCGUUGAACGGGAACUAUGCUGGUCCCGAGGGCCAGACGUUCGUCGGGAGGCGGCAGCAAGACACUCUUUUCACACACAGCGUCAAUCUUGAGUUCUCCCCGAUGUCCCUUGAAGAGGAAGCAGGCGUUUCCGUAUUCUUGACGCAGAACCACCACCUAGACCUUGGCGUUGUUAUGCUUCCGGCCAAUAACAGUACCUCUUUAACCACCGGCACAAGCUCUUCGGGGCUCGCACCUCACCUAAGGUUCCGCGGUAUCUCCUACGUCCCCGUUCCAGAUGAUAUCGUAGUUCCGAUCCCUAAAAGCUGGGCUGGUAAAAAGCUAAAACUGGAGGUGAAGGCUCAUAACAUGACGCACUAUUCCCUGUCCGCGGGCCCAGCAGAUGCGCUUUCAGAAGCCCGGACUAUCUUGGAUGUCUCGAAUGCUCCCGUCAGUUGGGGAUUUUCAGGUAAGUCGUUCGAUAAUCGCACUGUGGCUUGAUACUCACGCGUUGUAGGUGUCAUCUUGGGUAUUUACUGCACAAGCAAUGGGUAUGAAGGAAAAACGCCUGCGUAUUUCUCCGAGUGGAGAUACCAACCUCAAGGGCAAUUUAGAAACUAAGGCCAAAUUGUAGCGAGAGCUCGACAUAGGGCCUGGUGACCUGAGGCUAUAAUAAAUACUUAGUAUGCGACGUUGCGAUAACGUGAAAUCAUGCAUUCUGCUAUGAUCUUAUAAACACUCGACCGGAGGCGAUGUCAUCUUUACAGCGAUUCGCGUUAGGACUAGCGUUCUAGAACGAGGAUACGGGCUGCUAGGGGUAGUAAGCAACCGGCCAGCCCACCGGUGACGACAAGACAAUCCUGACUGUCUGCAAAUCUCAUUGUUAAGAAGUAAAUCCCAUGUCUAUCUUAUAUGGUGUAAGUACAGAUUGGAUUUCAUUCAAGGGUACAAUGAAAAUGAAGUAGGUUGACCACGGAAAGGCA